CCCCACCCUCUCUCGCUCUCUCUCUCUCCAUCUCUCUCUGUCCCGUUCCCCCUUUCCCCCGCCUCUCUCCGCCCUGCCGCCGGCGGCCCUGGCAGAGCAGGCACUGCAGGGGGAUCUCAAUGUAACACCAUGACAGGCAUCGCCGCCGCCUCCUUCUUCUCCAAUACCUGCAGGUUCGGGGGCUGCGGGCUCCACUUCCCAAGCCUGGCUGAGCUCAUCGAGCACAUUGAGGACAACCACAUCGAUACAGACCCACGUGUGUUAGAGAAACAAGAACUACAACAGCCAACAUAUGUUGCUCUAAGUUACAUUAACAGAUUUAUGACUGAUGCAGCUCGCCGUGAGCAAGAAUCCUUGAAGAAAAAGAUUCAGCCUAAACUCUCUUUGACUUUGUCAAGCUCAGUGUCCCGUGGGAAUGUAUCUACUCCACCUCGCCACAGCAGUGGAAGCCUUACUCCUCCAGUCACCCCCCCAAUCACUCCCUCGUCCUCAUUUCGAAGUAGUACACCAACAGGUAGCGAAUAUGAUGAGGAAGAAGUAGACUAUGAAGAAUCAGACAGUGAUGAGUCCUGGACCACAGAAAGCGCCAUCAGCUCGGAAGCUAUUCUCAGUUCAAUGUGUAUGAAUGGAGGGGAUGAGAAGCCUUUUGCCUGUCCUGUUCCUGGAUGUAAAAAGAGAUAUAAGAAUGUGAACGGUAUAAAGUACCAUGCCAAGAAUGGCCACAGAACACAGAUCCGUGUACGCAAACCAUUCAAAUGUCGUUGUGGAAAGAGUUACAAGACAGCUCAGGGCUUGCGGCACCACACAAUCAAUUUCCAUCCCCCAGUGUCUGCUGAGAUUAUCAGGAAGAUGCAGCAAUAACAUGCUGGUCACAAAUGUGCCAAGAAAUCCUCACCAGCAGUUGCUGAUUUUGAAAACAGCCACCUUUUUCAGGGGAAGCAUUCAGCACCCUUUAAAAAAAAA